AUGUUAUUAUUCUGGAGAUUCUAUCAACACGUUUUAUUGGGCGAUAUACAAAAGGCAUUCUUGCAAGUGAAAGUGGAAAAUGAGGACCGAAAAUAUUUGAGAUAUCUAUGGGAAAAAGACGGCAAAUUGUUAACAAUCCAAUUUUCCAGUGUCAUCUUUGGUGCAACAAGUAGUCCGUUUAUUCUCGAGUCAGCUAUAAACAAAUUAUUAGAAAAGAAAGAUCCGGAACUAACAAAAACAAUUUAUAUGGACGAUAUUCUUUUCGUUGCCGAUAAUUUGGGUCAACUUUACAACCGCUACAUUAACGCUGAAGAAGCUUUAUCAUUAGGAUCGAUGAAAAUCCAUAAAUUCACAGCCAGAAAAACUGUCAUUGAAUUUUUUGGUUUACGAAAAAUAGAAAUCGAAGAGAAAGAUUCAACCAAAAUUUUGGGUCUUGUCUGGAAUCUUGAACAGGACGAGAUUAUUUUUGGACCACCUAAAAAACCAGAAGGUCUUUUAACACCAUUUCAAUUGAGCUUCAGACAAUUCAUACGAGAUUUGCAUUUAUCAAAAAUCAAUUGGGAUGAACCAUUGAAUCAAUCUUUCAUAUUACGAGCCGAAAAAUUGGCAAAACAAAUGGACGAUUUAAAACGUGUUCAUGUUCCACGAGUUAUAUUUCAGAACAAUGGACAACGACAAAAUUUAUGCUUACACGUUUUUGUUGACGCAAGUAGAAUAGCAUAUGGGGCGUGUGCAUAUAUUUACAACGAAGAAAUUGGUCAAUUAUUAAUGUCAAAAGUUCGUUUAGUGUCAGAGACAAAACGGACAAUACCGCAAUUGGAAUUAACCGCAGCAUUAGAAGGAGUUAAGCUUUUUGUUAAGAUCAAGAAAGAAUUACCACAAAUACGUUUAGGAAAUCUUUUCUCCGACUCAAUGGUCACUUUGGCACGUAUCUCUGGAAGCCCAAAUAAUUUGCCAUUGUUUGAGUCAAAUCGUGUUCGCGAAAUUCAGUCAUUAAUAGAACCGCAAUUUUGGAAAUUUAUUUCUACGAAAGAAAAUCCAGCUGAUUGUUUAUCCCGAGGUCUACCAUUAAAUAAGCUAAUCAAUCAUUCACUUUGGUGGACCGGUCCAAAAUUAUCAUCUUUUGAAAAACAUUCACAAGUUGCAUUAGUGAAAAAAAGUUCAACGAAAAUCAACCAAGAUACAUUUGUGGAAAACAUUUGCGAUAUCAACUUCAGAAAAGCAUUAUUAAUAAUUGAAAGACUUUUGGCUUGGAUGUCAUUUAGAACGAAAGAUAGCAAAAAAUUAAAUCUUCAGCCUUUACAUCAUUUAAUUAAAUUGGUUCAAAGACAAUCUUUCAAGAUGGAAUUUCACUGUCUCAGCAAACAACAAACGUUACCAAAAACAUCAGUUUUAUAUAAAUGGCCAGUUUUUGUGGAUGAUAAUGGUUUAAUACGAGCCAUUCAUCUUGAUAUUGUACAAAAUAGAGGAAUAGAAUCUGUUUUCCAAUGUUUGACGAGAUUUAUAAGUCUUUAUGGUUUACCGGAGAAAAUUUGGUCCGAUAAUGAGAAAAGUUUCUCAACUAGCAAGAAAAUUCUAUCUAAAUUGUUUUUUGCCAAAAAGAAAGUGCAACAUAAUUAUAAUGUCAAUUGGGAUUUCAAUCCACCGGCUGCACCAUGGUAUGGUGGAUUUUACGAGAGGUUAAUCCGAUCGGUUAAAGAUAGUUUAUCAGUUGUGGUGAUCAAUAAUAAAUAA